AUGUGGACUUGCACGCGAUGCAGACUGAAGACCUCUGUUGGACGUGUUGAAGGACACGUCGCAAAAGUCAUCGGAAUGCCGAACCACUCGCGACAUGUCGGUCAAGCCCUCAAAUUCCUCUCCCCCGACACGAAUCCCCCAGUCCCCUGGCAACGCGUCGUCUCAUCCUCGGGCGCCAUAUCCUCUCGAGGCCCAGGUACGGACGGAGCGCAGCGUCAGAAAGAUGCCUUGGAGGCGGAAGGGGUGGAUGUAAGGGCUGGGAGGACGGGGGAGUUGAAUGUGCUGUUGAAGGAGUGUGGGUGGUUUCCUGAUGCUAGCCAGGUCGUGGUGGAUGCGAAUGCUUGA